GUUGUCAUGUGACUCCAGACGUAACAGCGGCAGUUUUGGUUUUGGAGCGCGUAAACAAACUGGACACGGGGGAAAGUAAUCCAGAUUUAUUAAAAACGACGGAAAAUCUCGACCUUUGACGUAAUGCAAAGGUCAAAUAUGGUUCACAACAGCGCUCAGAUUCGACGAAGAGGAGCCCAUGAUUUUCUGGCCUACUAUGACUUUGCCAGUGCACGACAAGAAUCAGUUCCUCUUCCUGCUGUAACCAUGAAUCUGGACAAAGGGAUGCUGGACUUUGAUGGAGACAGAAUCAAACUUUCAGACUGGCCUCCAAUUCUGGAUUCUAUCGCUAUAAAUAAACAGCUACAUCAUAUUGGAAUUAGCAGCACCUUUCAAAGUCAGGGCUCUGGAGAUGCAGAUAGGAGAUUCUAUAAGUCUAGUUUGAAGAAAAAGAUUCCAGCCAUUCGCUCAAAGGACAUGACAUUUAAGUUGUCCAAAGCCUUAAGGGACACUCUCACUGUCUCUCCCAACCUCAAAACUCUGCAGCUCCGCGGGUUACCCCUGAGAGAUAGAGAUCUUAUUGUGUUGACAAAGGGAUUAGCAAAAAGUGUUUCCCUGGAGAACCUUUCUUUGGCUAACUGCCCCAUUUCUGAUGAAGGACUUGAGAUCAUUUGCCAAAGUGUUAAAUAUUCUACAAGCAUCAGGACAGUGGAUUUCACAGGAUGCAAUCUGACAUGGAGAGGGGCAGAGCACAUGGCUAACAUCAUCAAGCAUCAAGGAAUGCAGCGACAUGGUACCGCAUGGGCCGAGUUUCUGCGAUAUCGGCAGCCACAUUUUGAGAGGAUGACUGGUCUCAGACGUGUAACUCUGAACUGUAAUACUUUGAUUGGAGACAGAGGAGCUGCUGCCCUGGCAAAUGAACUGUCUGAGGAUCUGUGGGUUAAAGCUGUUGAUCUGCAGAGGUGUGGUCUUUCUAAUGAAGGUGCUCGACGACUUCUUGAAGCUUUGAAAACUAACACCACAUUAUCUGUUCUUGAUAUUCGUUGUAACCCUUUAAUUGACAAAGUUCUUAUUAAAACUAUUUUGGAAAAAGUGCUAAUGAAUGCGGAGGGAGAAUCGCCAGAGUACAACUGGAUCAAACCUGCAGUCACUGAGCCUCAGAGGAAUGCAGCUCUUAAAAGACGAGCCUUCCCUGCUUCAUAUAGAGGAAAAUCUACGUUAAGAAAUGUGGGACGGAAAUCAAACUCCUUCACAGUUGGAAGUUCUAGAGCGUUGCACCAAAAGCCAUGUUCUCGGUCACGUUGUAUCCCCUGGAGAACUGCGGCGCGCGCUGGACGUCAGAGAGGUUUACCUCCUGGAGCUACUGCGGUGGAUCAAAGUUUUCAGGGUGCUGCGACUGUAAAGAUUACCGUAGAAACUGAUUCAGAGGGAGAUGAUGAUGAAGAGGAUGAAGUCGUGGUGGAGUUAGAGGAGAAACCAUCUUCAUCAGCAAAACGAGACAAGAUCACAGAGCGACAGUUUGGACGUUUACAGAUGGAGCUAAGAGAAUGCCGUUUGAUGCUGUCGGAGGAGCGCAGGGCCAGACUCAGAGCUGAGAGCAGACUCAAGGAGUUUGAGCUGGAGAACGCACGUCUCCGCACUGCUAACCUCUCCCUGUCUGAGACCCUCGCCAACUCUGUGUCGGCUCCUGCAGCUUUCAGUGCCCUGGAAGAUGAGGCAGUGCUGGAGAGUAUAGAAAACUCAUUUAAAAAGUUCCAUGCUUUUUUAGACCUCCUUAAGGACGCUGGCCUAGGCCAACUUGUCUCAAUGGCUGGCCUUGAAAAAUCUGAUUUUCAGCCGAUUGGAAAACCACAGCUCUCCUCGACUAUCGGACCGCCGCCGUCUCAGAAUCAACAAGUAAACCGGUUUGGAGUCAUGCAAACAGAGAUGGAUCCCACAGUCAAGGCCGUGUCUCCUCUACCCACUGUCCAGGCUGUCGUCAUGCCAACCAAAUCAUCUUCAUCCUCCCUGGCUUCCUUUUGUGGAGAUAAACCGCUGAAUGUGACUUUUACGCAGGCUCCAAGAUCACCUGAAGUGCCUGGAGCGAGCGGAGAAGCAAACAUGGACCGAAACUCAAAGCUUAUUCAUACAUUUGGCUCAGAGCAAAGUAUUUACAGUCAAAAAUCUUUCGAGGACUUGCGAAAAACCUACCAGACCCAACGAAGUCACUCCCCGCACAGUAAAUCCCACCAUAGCAACAGUUCCCAUAGGUACAGCGACAGUUCCCAUGGCAGCGGCCAGUUGUCGUCAAAGUCCAGUAUCAGUGAGGUCAUCAGCGAGAGAGCCGAGUCUGUGAGGUCGUCGGGGUCAAGGAAGGAGGACGGGGUCAGUCUGGGGUUCAAAGGUCGCUUGAGGUCAGAAGGGUCAGUGAGCAGUGACAAUGAUGUGGCAGACAUUCUGAAUCAGAUCACUUCUCUAAGGGGAAUGGGAGCACAGUCUUUCAGUACACUUUUCUGAUAAGAUUCAUUCAUAAAUGUAUUGACUGAUUUUGAAAAUGUUUUUUUUUUUUAGAAUGAUUUUAAAUUUUAGAUAUAUUGAGGCAGUUUUCCACAAAAUUUGAUCUACAUGAAGCUAAAACUAUAUUUUGGCAGUGCGAAUCCAGCUCCCACAGAUGAAUGCUUUUGUUGUGUCCUUGGGCAAAACACUUAACCCACCUCGCCCCCAGUGCCUGCGUUCACUGGUUUAUGAAUAUGUGUGAAUGGGUGAGUGGUUUCUUGAUGUAAAGCGUUUUGAGUGCCUUGAAGGUGGAAAAGCUCAGUACAAUGGUAAAUGGUCACAUUUUUAUACAAUGAAACUUUUCACAAUGUUUCAUGUAGAUGACACCAAUAGGCUGAAAAGGCUGAGGGUUUAUUUUUAAUACGUUCAUUAUUUGAGCAUACAAAAAUAUACAAGUAAAACCAGCUAGAAAAAAAUGAUCGAUUCAGUUGUUUCUGUUGAACAAAAUUCAGCACAAAUCUUUAUCAAAAUCAUUACAUUUGAAGCUUUAUUAGAUCUCAAAAUCUGCGUGAAAUACUUUUUUCUCUUUAAGCACAUUUUAAAACAAGUACUUUGAUACUGUUACUUAAGUCGAUCUUUUCAUGUGAUAUCUCUGCUAUUUUUACUUAAGUCACAAAGUGUAGCACUUAUUCCACCACUGCAUCUGAAGCCCUGAACAAUCUGAAACCCACAGAUAAAACUUGCAACACAGGUGCAGGUCUGUGUUUCCUAUGAAUGGUUUACUAACAAGUGUACACCCUCCAGGUUCACUGCACCUCGUAAACUAGUACUAUUCAUGAUACUGCACUGUUCAUUAUGUGCUCAAACUCAGGUAUAAGAGCUGUAACUAUCUGUGAAGUGUUGGUAAUUAAAGUAAAAAGCGACAUUGGGGCAACACUCAACCAGACAAAAUUGGCUAGUGUUAAAAUUGUAUUAACAGGUUUGAUUUAUAUUGAGAAAAAUGACAAAAUUUUGGUCUCAACAGCUGUUGAGAAACCAGUUUUUCUAUCGUGUUUUAGUUUUAUUGCACACACUAAUUUUUUUAAUUUUAUUUUUUUCUAAGGCAUCCAAGGAUUGUUUCAUAAACAGGAAUACAAAAAUUGUUCAGAAAUACAAGUUGAUUGUUUAACUGAAGUCAAUAUUUUGUAUUAGUUUUUGUAAGACUGUUUUAUAUGUGAAGAAAGUGGUAGAGUGGUAGAGUUGCAUUUUGAAGUGAUAAAUAAAUGGUUUGCUGAACCAGCUUCAUCGUUACAGUCUUAGGAUGUGACCACAGACUGCCCUCACUUUGACAUUUGCACCAUAGCUGAUGAUUGCAUUUGUUUCAUUAUGACUAUUUCACACAUGGCUUGUGGCUUCUCAACAUAGAAUUAUUGGCAUUCUUCCUUUCUCUGUCAAAUGCACAGACAGUGUGUGCAAAUUUUACAAAAUAAAGUUUUUUUUGUUU